CUCGCUUCCACCUUUCCUGCAUCCGAAUCUACAUCCAUUCCAAUUCAACCCGCUUAAUACAAUGCCCCUCAUAGAAGAGCUACCCGUCACCGCAACUACCGCUCGUCCCUCUCACGGCUGGGCAUACAUUCCCGACACCGGCGCCUCCAUCCCUGCAGUCCAACUCGGAUCACGAAAGCGAGGUCGAGAUGGCACUGCCGCAACGGCUCAAGCAGCACACAAGCUCUCCGCAAAGCAAGAGAAGGCAAUACAACAGAGACUAAAUGACUUGGGCAAGGAAAACUUCCGCGAGGCCAACAUUCCCAUACCGAAGCGCGAGGGUGGUAAGGGCAGAGACCGCAAAACAACCCAGAACGUCAGAAGGAUUCUGGCCUACAGCCGGACCUUCCAGCACUAUCUUGCGGACGAAGAAGCCGGCGUCAAUGUCUAUGGAGCAGCAGCCACUGCUGCCGCCGCAGCCGUUCCCACACAUGUGCAAAAGACCGUGGAGUCGAAGAGACGAGGAGCAGUGGCUGCGGCCCCAGCCCAACCAGAGCAGAAAGCAACACCUACACCUCGACGGACAAACACCUCAAAGAAAGCCACACGUACGUCGAUUAAGAGCGAAGCCGACGUGGAAAUGACAGACGCACCGGCACCAGCGCCACCCGCAGAAUCGUCGGAACCAACACCAACGACGUCGCAGCAACUACCCUUGGACCAGACGAAACAGGACCAGCCUGAAGUAUCGUAUGAUCCAGCCCUCGACAAGGACCCUCUCCUCCGCACACGAGACCUGCCCAAAAUGCCCUCCGACCGCGUCAUGCAGGGUCUCCUCGCCGAGCCGCCACUCAGUUAUACCGCGGCACGCGCGAAACCGCUCGAGGGCGCUGACAGUUCGACAUUCGCCAUCCGCACCGGGCGUAACGCGCUCGUCGCGAAGCCGCAGCGCUGGUUCUGCACCGUGUGCGGGUACUGGGGCAAAGUGCGGUGUAAGCGCGGAUGUGGUGAGAGGGUGUGUGGGCUUUUGGAGUGCUGGAAGGCUCACGAGGGUGUUUGUUCGGUGGCUGCGUAUUGAGCCGUCUUUACAGUACGUCCAGACAUGGAUUUUGCUGCGCUUGAGCGACAUGGAUGAUUCUUUACCUUUGAUACCCCAUAUACUGUAUCGUAUGAAAGUGGAAAGCGAUGAUGAAUAGCCGUUGUAGAUCAAUUCAACUUUUUGUGCUCAU